AUUUUUUUUUAAUUCAAGGUGAUUAUUCUGGAUUAAAUUAAUAAAUUAAGCUUCCUCCCAAUCUAUUCACAGAAGGAAAGAAUUAAAGCAAAUAAAUAUCAGACUGGGGAAUUUAGAAAUUGAUUGGUUCUAGUGUGCUGUAAGUGGGAGUUUUUUCCCCCCCCCUCCGACAGGAAGUGAUUUGCAGUGUUCAGCAAGCCUUUUGUUGGGAAGGUUUUCUCAGAUCAGUGAGUCAUGCUUUAGCUCGGAGCCGGCAGUCAGCGGAGAGUAUUUGCUUUUUUUUUCCUUUUGCAGUAGCCGUGCUCGUCGACAACACAGAAGAUUCUCUGCUCUUGCUGUUUUGGAUUUUCACGGCUAGAAACCAGCAUCAGCAUCAGCAGCACCGCUGGAUUCUAAACAAGCUGCACCACAACACCGGGAGCCUUUUUUUUUUUUUUAAGAGUCCUCUCCAUCCUCUUCUCUCCCCCCACUGCUGUGUUUCCCUAGAUUGUGUCGGUCUAUUUCCAUGUGACGGAUUGGACUGCGGAUCUACAUUUCACUGGGAGUAGAUUGGACCUCGGCGGCAUCAGCAUCAGCAGCAUCAGCAGCAUCAGCAUCAUCAGCAUCAGCGGAACACAGCCGCCGCUGUAACCUCAAUAGAGGAAAUUCAGGCGUUUGCCGCCUGUGCCUCUGCUGCUAUGUUACAGGAGCGGCUACUCGGCGCAGCUCAGCCGCGUCUGCCAGCACACCUGUGAAAGGAGGAAGGUGUGCGUGUGUCGGUUGGUGGGGGAGAGCAAGAGAGGGAGAGAGGGAAAGAGAGAGAAAGAGAGAGAGAGGGGUAUGCUUCACCGUACCAAAUACAACCGCUUCAGGAAUGAGUCAGUAACAUCCGUCGAUGAGCUUCUGCACGGCCUGUCCAUGAACCCCAAGGUCUCGGCCACCCCCCAGUCAGCAGCCGAGACAUCUUACACACCCCCGAGUGAGGUCCAGCCCUCCGCCGCCACCACCAACGCCGCCUGCUGCACCCCCGCCGGCCACGGCUCCGACCACCUGGAAGAUGGAGGCACCACCCUGUGCACGCUCAUCAACAAGGUGUCGGGCCUGAAAUUUAGCAACUCGGGCAGCCUGCUGGGCAUCAAGGGUCUGCCCUCGGCUGUCAAGGACCUGGCCGCGUCUAAGCUGCAGGGGGGUGGAGGAUUGGGCUCAGGCGGCGCCGGUGGUCCGAGCCUCGGUGGUGGUGGUGGUGGUGCGGCGACGGCAGCAGCAGCAGCAGCAGCAGCAGCCUGCGGUGUGGGCGGCUCUCUGUGCAGCUCGGCCUCACAUUCGACCCCCUGCUCGCAGCUGGAGGCGUCCGUCAGCAUGAGCAAGAAGAGCCGGCUGGACGAGCUGCCGCCCGGCGGAGAGGACUGGCACCAAGGCGGAGGCGGAGGUGGAGGUGGAGGUGGAGGACUGGUGAUCAAACCCUCCAGAGGAUGGCUACACUCGAGCGAGAAGAUCUCUGGGCCAGGAGUGACAUACAUUGUAAAGUAUCUGGGCUGUAUAGAAGUCCUUUGCUCGAUGAGAUCUCUGGAUUUCACCACAAGAUCACAAAUUACUAGGGAAGCCAUCAGCCUGGUGUGUGAUGCUGUUCCAGGGUCCAAAGGAGCUCUGCGGAAGAGAAAGCCGCCGUCAAAAGCCCUGUCCAGCAUCUUGGGGAAGAGCAACCUGCAGUUUGCUGGCAUGUCAAUCAACCUAAACAUCUCCACCAGCAGCCUGAACCUGAUGACGCCCGACUGCAAACAGAUCAUAGCCAACCACCACAUGCAGUCCAUCUCCUUUGCAUCAGGCGGAGACCCUGACACAACAGAUUUUGUUGCCUAUGUAGCGAAGGACCCCGUUAAUAGACGAGCGUGUCACAUCCUGGAGUGCUCCGACGGACUGGCCCAGGACGUCAUCGGCACCAUCGGCCAGGCCUUUGACCUUCGCUUCCAGCAGUACCUGCAGUGUCCGUCAGGCAAACUGUCCUCCGCACAUGACAGGGUGCUGAACAUGGAGGAGUUGCCAUGGACCGAGGAAGAGGAGGAGUCGGCAGAGCAUCCUUACUACAACAACGUCCCUGGCAAGAUGCCCCCCCCCGGAGGCUUCAUAGACACCCGGCUGACGACUCACAAUGCCGCGGCGGAGGGAUGCGGGGUGGGCCCAGGCUCAGUAGAUCAGACGUAUUACCAGGGGCGGCACUGUGGAGAAAACUGGGGAGAUGAAAGAAAGGUCAUAUUCAUACAGCAGGGGUCAUUCGACAUCAGCAGUCUGCCCGAGAGCAAAGGUCCGCCCCCGAAGACAGGCGAGAUGCCGGCGUACGUGAACACUCGGCAGAUCGACGCCCAGGUGCUCGCGGCGCUCCAGGCCGAGGCGGACCAUGUGACCAAGGGAAUGGCAGCCGCCGCCAAAGAGGGCCCGCAGAAGGACCUGUUCGACAUGAAGCCCUUCGAGGAUGCCAUCCAGUCCCAGUCCCAGCCGCCGUCCCAGCCGCAGGUCGCCGCCGUCCACAAGGCGGCGUCCGUGGACAACUCGAGCCCCCUCCUCGUGCGCUCGGUGGCCUUCCGGGCACAGGAGCAGCUGGAGGGCCAGAUGUGGUACCACGGCCAGAUGAGCCGCCGCGACGCCGAAAAACUGCUGAGAGAAGACGGGGACUUCCUGGUUCGCACGAGCACGACCAACCCGGGGUCCGACGUGCUGACGGGCAUGCACAACGGACUGGCCAAACACCUGCUGCUGGUGGACCCCGAGGGCACGGUACGGACAAAAGACCACAUAUUCGACAGCAUUAGCCAUCUCAUUGGCCAUCACCGUGACAACAAUCUGCCGAUUGUGUCAGCCGGGAGCGAACUGUGUCUCCUGCAGCCUGUUGGAAGGAAACAAUGACGGACGCAAUGCCUGCUGGGAAACGGGAAGCGCCGAACGGUCUCUCCGGCGCCGCCCCCUGAAACGUGACGGGGAAACGCAAACGGGGGGGGGGUAGGGGGGGGGGAGACGCGCCGACAGUGUUGUUGGGGAAAUUGUCCCGUGGUGAUUUGCCGGAGACAAAGAGGAAGGGAACAAAUAUUUAUAGAACUGUUCAUAUUUUGUUGUGAUGAAUGAAAUGCUAUAUUUUUGAGAAGACAUAUGUGCAUUUGGACAUGAUAUCUUUAUUUGGUGUUUUAAAAAGAUGGAAGAAGAAAAAAAAAAAAAAAGGUCAGUGUUCUUGUAGUUUAGAUGACCUACAAGAGCCGUCAACAAGGGUGUUUUAGAAUCUAAAUUGGAAAUUUUACUUUUGUCUGUCAAGCACAACCACAUUUCUACAGGCAAUGUUGGAAGAGGGUUGCGAGAAAACAGAAAACAAAUGGUGUUUUUAAUGGAUGAAUUUCACCGAUAGCGUGUCGGCUCACUCUCAAAUGUCACCAUAUGAACUGUGCUUUUACUGGGGGACCUGAAUGUGUUUUUGCGUUGCAGUAGUACAAUGUGUCGGGGUGUGGAACAGACAUCCUUCAUAGUGCUGUCGAUGGCUUUAAGAAACUUUUUUUCCUCUGGUGUCACUGCAGUCGCAUGACUUAAAAUCAACUGUUCUCGUGGACGUUGUUCGUAGACCUGGAUACCUCUUCAUUUGGAAGAGGUGCUUGUUUAUGCUGACACUGUUAAAAAAAUAUAUAUAUAUAUUUAUGCUUUUAAACCAGUGAUUAUUUCUGAAUUGGUUUUCUCUGAAUUCUUCUUUAAGGUGUGUAGUAAAUGAUUCGUUUUUGGCGGGGUUGUGUCACGCAAACGGUUGUUCUCACAUUCUCGAUUAGCAUCUUCUCUUUUCAAAAGUUAUUUGAAUGACCACAAAUGAAUAGCACAAUCAGAAAGUCAGACGAUCUGUCAGUCGUAUCAAGGCGAAUCAUCCAUGUGUUGAGAUGUAAUUGACACUUUUUACUUAAGAGGCCGAACUAGACAAACGCACAGUGUGCACUUGAUACACGAAUGUUUGAUAUUGGAUCACCUUCACUUCUUUUUUUCCUUUUCUUAGUGUGCUGAUGUCCUGUGGCGUCCGUGCCACUCGACGUCCUCGCAGAAAUACCUGUUCACGCACUGACCGUCCCCGCGCACACUCAAUUAUCCCGCGUUUUUCACUCUAUCAGUAGCACACGAUGCUGGCUUUGUGUUCCUUUCCAAGCGCGGCACACAGGAAACACAUUGUUGCCCGAGAGGUGAGACUUCAUUUGCAGUUGCACUGUACACAAUCAUUCCUCGCGACAGUAUACUGUAAUUAGCGCUCUACAUUUUCUGUAGAGUUGGGAGUCAAACAUUUGAAAUGGCGACUAGAAAUAGUACACAGACUUUAAAAAAAUGCUCUCAUCCUUACUGUUGUCAGUACUCUGGUGGAUACCAAAUGAAUGGGGGGCAUUGUAUUUGAUAUGCAUUUGGACCACUUCAGUUGAACCAAAGUCAGCAUGUGUUCACAAUGAGUUUGACGAGACAGAUGCAAUGUAAUAUAACGUGCCUGUAUUUUGCUGCAAGAGGGUGUACAGUACAUGCAUCUCACAGGUUUUAGCAAAGAGCCGUACGGAUGGUUACGAAAGCAUCCGCCGCCAGUUUGGUUUUGAUUUAAAGCCAUUAACACUAUCCCUGAUUCUUUGUCCCUUUUGAGCGGAAGAACAAGAGGAAAAGGGCACAAAUAAUCAUUGAUUUCAUUUUCACUUUUUUUUCUUUUUUCUACUGUAGUCCAACCUGAAUUUAUGGUCUAAUUCUGUGACAUAAUUUCAUCAAAUCUAAUAUCCUGGGAGAAGAAAUUAUGUCCUAAAUAAUAAUAUCUACAAUAAUUCUGAGACUAAUUUGUAGAAUUACCUUGGUAAAAUGGGAAAGCUUUUGAACAUAGGAUAUAUAUAUGUGUGUGUAUAUAUAUAUAUAUAUAUAAAAAUACACAGCUAAUUAUCACUUUAUCAGAAAGAUUCUCUGAUAAAGUGAUAAUAAGCUAGAUAAAUUAUACAACCAAACAUGCUGGGACACGAAAAGAACAUGGCUUCUUUACAGAUUUAUUUUGAUGAAAAUGUGCCUUUUAUUUGUACAAAUGGUAUUUUUAUUUCUCUUUAAAGUGCAAUAGCUGAUCUUCGAUGGGGCAUGCCUGUUCACUAGAGGUUGUGUUUUGCCCUGCUGCGUGUUGCUGCUUGAGACUACCGUUUUCUCUCUCUGUCUCUAUCUCUCCCUCCCUCCCUCCCUCUCUAUUAUAUAUUAUAAAUGUAUCAUUUCCAGAUUCUAAAUAUAAAUCUUUGUCGGAGGGACUCACAAAGAAACUCACUAUUUUGGAACAGGUAUCGUUAAAAAAGAAGAAAAAAAAAAAAGGAAAUAAAAAAAGGAAAAAAGUCCGAAUGAUGUUUACAGAUUUCAUCCUUUGGUUGUAUGGGUUUAUCAUUAUUCUGUGAGACUGUUUGCAAUAAAACCGUGAAUGUGUAGAA